UCAAGGUUGGCUGCUGGGUCCCUGAGCAUCGACGCGAUUCCUAUUCCGUAUAUAGGCUACGACCCUACAUUUUGCAGCGUUCCUGUGCCUUGCUAAGCACUGAUAACAUCCUGCCCGUAGCUUUUUCCUUUCUUCCAUUGUUUCUUGCUUUUUUCAAGCUUCUUUUUGGAGACUUGUUUGUCAACGGCAGCAAAAGCAGUCACUCCAGCAAGGUGGUUCGCGCUGUCUCACUAACACGAAACCUGGGCUGCAUCCCCAUUUCUUCAAUCCUUUCCCAUUGUUACUUCUACUACACAUUAGCCCAGCAUGGAUAACGAGGGCAUGCUCAACUCGGACUUCUUCUCUUUGAGAGGUCCCAAGGCGGACAAAACACGUCGCUGGUAUGAAUGGCAUGAGCCAGGCACCAGCUCUGCGGAGAAGAAGCUGCUGCUGAAGAUGGACUUUUUCAUCUUGCUUUACACCUGUUUGACUUUCUUUGUCAAGUACCUUGACCAAACCAAUGUCACCAACGCGUGGCUUUCAGGCCAUGGAGAUAUGCAGAAAGCCUUGAAGGCAGGUCCUGAUGAUCUCAACUGGUACACUACCUACUUCAACAUCGGUAUCAUCAUUGGUGCACCCAUCUCGACAUGUCUCAUCACCGUCAUCCACCCUAGGUAUUGGUUGCCUGCCUGUACUUUUGCGUGGUCCUUUUGUGUGCUGUUCAUGUACAAGGCCCAAAAUUCACAGACCAUCUUCGGCUUGAGAUUUGUCUGCGGCCUAUUCGAAGCCGGCGCCUAUCCCGGUUCAUUCUACAUUAUUGGUAGCUGGUACAAACGAUCUGAAAUCAGCAAACGUACUGGUCUCUUCCUCUUCUCUUCAACCGUCGGCGCCAUGACCUCUGGCUUCAUUCAGAGUGGCUUAUUGAAGAACAUGGAUGGUCAUCUUGGUAUUGCAGCAUGGCGAUGGCUUUUCAUCCUCGACUUUUGCCUCGGCAUCCCAGUUGCCAUUUUUGGCUUUUUUGUUUGCCCCAAUGAGCCCGAGAGCAAGCGUAUGUGGUGGAUGACAAAAGACGAGCAGAUGAUCGCCAUCAAGCGUAUGCGUGACGAUGGGCGAGAAGCCAACGGUAAGUGGGAUCUGGCUACCAUCAAGAAGAUUCUUGUCUCAUGGCAGCUGUACACCUUCGUCGUCGCCUGGGCUUUUAUUGAGCUCACAUGCGGUGUCAACCUCAUGCGAUGGCUAGGCCUCUACCUUCAAAAGGUGGGCUACAACAAGUACGACGUACAGAAUCUGCCCGCUAUUGGCGGUUUCCCACAACUUGCAUGGAUCUUCCUCAGCAGCACAGUAGCCGAUCUACUGGAUAACAGAGCCCUUCCAUUCUUCUUGAUGGCCUUUGUCCAGCUCCUAUGCUACGUUGUAUUCUACGUCAACACCUCAGACCACUCUCUGCGAUUGGCCGCCUACUAUCUUGCCACCUCCUACAACUCUCUUUCACCACUCCUGGCAUCAUGGAUCAACUGUUCCUGCUCAGGCAACAGACAAAUGCGUGCCUUUAUCAGCGCUAUGAUGGUUUCAGUUGGCUAUGCCGUAGAAAGUCCUGCCCAGCAGGUUCUAUUCCCUGUUUCUGAUUCACCUUACUUCCAAAAGACUCACGGCUAUGCAUUUGGUAUUGGCAUGAUUGUCGCCACCAUGGUUUGGGGUUCAAUUGUCAUCCCCGUCAUCAAUCGCUACUUCGGCCCCAAGGAGGCCUGCUGCUCCGUAAUUUGUGAGCCCAUGUGCUGUGGCCCUAGCCCUUGUGGACCAUCCAACCAGCAGACUGAGAGCGACCGUGAAGAGGUUAUCCAUGAGUAUGGAACCAUCAAGGGUGACAACAAGGUUUAAUGCAUAUAUAUACAUUGCAUGUGGUGGAUGUGGAUUUUAUGGAAGACAAACACAAUUUGCAUAUUCUAGAUGGUGGAUUUUCGAGCAUAGAUGGGUAUUGUGAAUAGUUGCAUUUUGUAUGUUGCUGUAAAUCAUAGUCACAGAGUGUCGUACAUAGAGAAAUCGAUAAAUGGAAACGUCAUUUUCAUUGGC